GGCACAGUUAUGCGCGCACCUGUACAUUAACGCGGCCGUGCGUGCAGAAGCGUCGGGAGGUGCUUGAGCAGCGUGAUGUCGGCCCCACUUGAAGCGCUUGAAUCAGUUUUAGAAAUGCUUAUAGAGGAUUGUCGGCAGUUAGGAAUAAUAGUUAGUGACUUUCAGUCUGAGAGCCAGACCACGCUAGACCAGAAAAUAAAUCACAUCGUCACUUUGAUGCAAGAGGUGGACCGAUUUAAGCCAGAAGUCCAAGACAUACAAGUGCCAUUGGAAGUGUUCGACUACAUUGACCAUGGAAGAAAUCCGCAGCAGUGUACCAAAGACUACCUGGAAGAGGCGCUGACCAAGAAUAUGCAAGUCAAAGGCAAGAUUGAAUCCUAUCGCAGGUUCAAGGCACUGCUGCUUGAGGAGCUAACCAAGGUGUUUCCAACAGAAAUGGCCAAAUACAAGACAAUCAGAGGGGAUGAGCCACCAGCCACAUAGACGCCUUUCGCAAACUCUGUGAAGCGUAUAUACCUUUCAAACCACCCACUUGAGUCCUUAGAAGCUGUCAUUGUAUUCACCCCUUCAGCCCUGGUGUCCUGUAAAAAGGACACGAACAAAUAUUGCUACUAAUUGUGUUGUGACAUAUCCUAGAAAUUAAAAAAUGUCUGAUGUAUGUAUCUUGAAUACACCUGAGCAAACAUUGAUACUUUUAUCAUUGUUUUGCUCGGAACUCUGCAAAAUCAGAGGUCUCGUAACUCUGCAAAAUUGGAGGCAAGUCAGUGGAAGGCGAGGAAGACUAGUUGCUGGAACUGCAUGUUUCAUGAUAUUUUAGUGAUUAACUAUUAUAUCUGUAGCAAUCACAUUUUUCUAAUGUUUCUAAUAUGUUAACUUGGUUAUUGACAAGGUUUGUCUUCACUAACAUGUACCCGCUGCCCACUGUAAUGCACCCAUGCUCAAUGGUAUUCAGAGGCCUGAUCCAGACCUGUUUUUUUUUUUGUGUAUCCGCUUCCAAUUUUUUGUUAUUCCAUGCGAGAAUCUAGCCCAGAUUGAUUUUUGGGGUUUAACAUCCCAAACCAAAACCACCACAUGAUUAUGAGAGACGCCGUAGUGGAAGGCUCCGAAAAUUUCGACCACCUGGGUUUCUUAACGUGCGAGCACACAGCCCUACAGCAUUUUAGUCUCCAUCGCAAAUGUAGCCAUCGCAGCCGGGAUUAGAGAUGCGACCUGCGGGUCAACAGCCGAGUACCCCAGCCACUAAACUACCGCGGUGGGGCAAUCCAGUCCAGAUUUCUUAGCUAAUAUAUGUAAGGGGGUUUAACAGCAGGACUGUACGUAAUAGGUCUAAAUACGUUUCCGGCUCAACAUCUGCGAUAGCUAGAUGAUAAAAAAGUUAAUGUUGAUGAAGUGAAGUUUCGUCAGCUUGCCCAGACAUGAGCAUAAAUAACUUUGACGUAGCAAACUGGAUUCAGCAAUCUUUUAUGUUAGAUGUUCCAAAGCAUUCAAUAGUUGGGUAACGGCCGGUCAAGUGCAAUGAGGAGCUGUACAUCAUGAACGCAAAAACUUGCUUUUCGGCAUUUUAGACACCCUAACAAAUACAUCUCUGCUAUAUGUUCGGAUUCACGACACUUCCUCGUGUUAAGAGGGUACAAAAGUUGGGGUAUUCAAAUUUACCAUAUUUCACUUUACAAUCACUAAGCCCUGGUGUCCUAUAUGUAGACAUGGUGCCAUUUUUUUAUAUACUGAUGGUGUCCUCAGGAUAUGUUAUUUUUGUGCUUUAAAGGUGGUGGCAGAGCCAAAUAAUCCAAACUAACAAAAGAAGAAUAAAGUCCGCCCGGUAAAAAAUUUCAGGGUUGAAGGGGUUAAUUAUAAGUACUUGAGGGCUCCGUUAUCCUAGUGACGGCAAAAUGAUUACAGGACUUUGGCAUUAUUAAGUGUGCAAGUCAAUGUACACUGGGGCUACAGCUGCCAAUAAACUGAUGACAGAAUUUUUUUUAGCAUUGAGCAUGGUAUUAGUUCUUGGCUAUUCUUUGUAUAAAAUGAUGGCACUUUGGAUAAAAUAAUCGCACCACAGUAAUGCCACACUCUUUUUGCAAGUUUUGUUGUCACCCCAUUAUACCGCUAAGUACUGCCUUGCUCAAACCACGCCAAAUAAGAACCGUUGAGAUAAUCUUGUACCUUCUUAUGCGAUUACGUGCACAAUGGGAAUGUCACAGUUUCUUCUGGAAUGUGCACGACAACUAGCAAUAACGCUUGAAUAUUCGAUGACAACUGUAUACAUGUUGACGUGCUUCACCGCGUGUCACUUCAUCAAAGACUGUCGCUCUGUGCGCCGAAAUCGGUGUAGUACAGAAUGCAUCGCUUGCUGUAAUUUGAGUUUCUGUUUUAUGGCCACCAGUUAGGCCAAAUAAAGAGUUUUACUUGGAA